GCGGCGCGGCGCUCGGGCAGCGGCGGGGCGGAGCGGAGCCGGAGCGGGGCCCUCGGCGGGGCAUGCAGGUAGGGGCCGAGCGGAGGUCUGAGCGAGGCGGGGCGGCGGCGGAGCGGAGCCGCAGACAAAGGGCUGCGGGCGGGAGGCGGCGGCGGCGCGGCUCGGGGGAUGCGGAGCCCCGGCCUGGUGCUGCCGCUCGGUGGGACCCGGAGCCGGCGAGGCCGAGCCCGGCUGCCCGCGGGAGGCCGAGGGCCGGGCCGGGCCGUGCCACCUGCAGCCCGGGCGAGGCGGGAGCUCCGGGGCCGGGGAGGUGCCGGCGGCGGUGGGCUCCGUCUCGCUCGUUUGGGGCGCUGCUGUGUGCUGGGGGAGCCGUGCCCCCGCCCCGGGUCCGCGCUCUCCUGGGGACCGCCGGGGUCACCUGCAGAUGAUAGCUGCGCUGCACCCCCGGGCACGGCUGCUGCUCUCCCCGCCCUCCCACGCUGCUGGCACGCCGUGCCAGGUGCCCUCCUGGCUGCCCGACCCGUUGAUGCUCCUGUUGCCUUGCUGUCGUCUCCGAGGUCUUGUCGGAUCUUCCCAGGAUGUCCAGAGUGAGUCAGCUGCUCUCCAGAGGUGUUAGCAGCACCGUGGGACUCCACGGCUCCAUCUAACCCUCAUCUCCAUCAACCUCAUGGUCCAUCAAGCCGCAGGUCCCUCAAUACCUUUCAAGCUUUCCGUCCCCCAGCAAGUGACACUGGGGGCUCUGGGAGAGGAGGAGAAGCGGUACGUGCCGUGCAGCUGCCCGGUGUUGUGUGCUGAAAGCUCCCAGGCUCUGCAUGGCACUGAGUACUGCACGCAGUGGGUGCAGAUGGCCUCUGAAAGUCAGAGCCGAGCUCGGCGAGGGGAUAGGUUGGGGUGUCCCCACUCACAAGGAUCAUAAAUGGCAGUAAUUAAAAAUAAUAAAGGAUUAAAGGUGAUCCCAGCAGCACAGCCAGGAACUGCUGUAAUGGUCCACUGCUUGGCGUGUCUUGAGUCUCCAUAAAGCACAUUAUAAUCCCCUCUAGAAGAAAUCCUUGCACUUACUCAGCCAUGAGCGAACUCCUGGAGCUUUAAUGUAUAGCUCUAUCCAUCCCCCAGCCCCAGUCUUUUGUUUUUUGACUCCACCUUUGCCUUUGUGCAGGCAGGUUGUCCCCUGCCUGGCAUUCCAGCAGUGUCACCGGGAAGGCUUAUGCUCCCCCUGGACUGGAUCCCAUCAUUGCAGCCUCCUGCAAGCAAGGAUUUUCCCUUCCCACACUCCCACUGGUGCUGCUGCGUGGCUGCUGCUCCCAGUGCUCAGUGCUUCGCAGCACCACGUUGUCACCAACAGCCUUCACGGCGGCUCUUCCUGCGACAGAGCAGCAUCUUUGUUACUUUAAUCUCUAGAGCCUUGUGUUGUUUUUUUUAAUUGGGGCUGGGCUGGCUCAUCCGGGGCUGAGGUGUGAACCAGGAGAUGAGCACUGUGCCCACUCCAUCGGCUGCACACGGGGCCGUGAUGGAGGAAGCCGUUGUUUUCCAAAUAAAACAACCAGGACAGAUUCAAUAGGAAAUAAGUUCCUUGCUUCAGAGUGAACUUGCCGUGGGUGGAGAAGAAGGAAAUUAAACAAUAGAAAAAAACGUGCGUGGCUUGAUAAGACAGGAAAAAAACCUUGCUGGCCUCUGGUGGGGUGGCCGAGCAUCUUCCCUCUGUGUCAGACCUUGUCUGGGGAAUGACGAAGAAGGACGCAGCGCUGCUUGUGGCUCUGGAUGCCCGUGUGUGUCUGGGAUCACCUGAGCUCACCCCCAGGCUCCCGUCCCACAGGUGCCCACGCUGCUGUUGGCUGUGCCAUCCCACGUGUGGGCUGCAGCCUGCAAAGCCAUGGAACAUUCCCCUGUUGUGCAUCUCCAGGGCCAGAGAGCUCAGGCAUGCAAAGCCUUUCCCAUUCACUUUGGGAAGCUGGUGGGGCUGCUUUGUUUUUGUUUUGGUGGGGAUGGGAAGCCCGUCCCUGUUAAGCAGACUGUGAGCUGCUUCGUUGUUUUUUUUUCCCCUUUUCUUUCUGCGCUGAGCUGUCAGUACUUUAAAACAGGAUGUAUGUUAAUGCUCUGCCGGUGGUGAUUUAAACAGAAGAAAAAAAAGAUGCCUCGCAAGUCAGAAACUAGGCUGGAGCCUGGAGAAUGAUUAAUAUCUUUUUCAGGAGCGUGUCGUGGUGAAAUACUGCACAGCCGAGUGUGUCCCUGCUGCAGCAGUGUCACCAGCAGCACCUGCCCCCUCCGCCUGCACAUUGCUUCUCUCUGAUUUUGGGGACGUCUCUGGUUGCCCAAACCCCUGCAGGGGACAGAGGAAUGCUGUCCUGGUGAGCUGAGGGCUGUGCUGGGUAUCAGGGCUUCCCCUGUGCAAGGCAGACACAAUCCUUUGCGUUAGUGACAGCUCCAUAGAGUUGCUUCUCUGGGAAAAUUACAUUUUUAGCUGUCUCUUCAUCAUCAUUAAGUAGAGACAAGGGGGAGCUGGAGAACGAGGUGCUGCCCAGUGGGCCACCAUUCCCCAGUGGCUGCUCUUUGGCUGUGUGCAGGCUGGGGUCACUGAGUGGGGUUGGUCGUAAGGCUUUGGUUGUGAGAGUUUACCUUCUAUGUGGACUUUAUUAUUUUCUUCCAUCUCUUUUAGUUUUGACUGUUGACUUAAGUCUUGCUGGAAUUAUGUUAGGACUCAAAGCAGAGAGAAACAAGUUAUUAAGGUCCUAUAUCUUGCAAUUGCUUUAUGGUCAUGAAGGGCUAUGUUUUCCAAUCCAUCUAACGUGUGUUUCUAGCCCUGUUCAGAUGGACUUUUUGGAGCUCAGGACCCUUGGGCUUGGGAAAUGGGAUAUUUCUGGCUGAGGUGUCUCUUUUUGUAUUUCUACAGUGUGCUGUCCCACGUGCCCUGAUGGCUUUAGAACAGGAGAUGGGGAGAGGAGAUGGGGAGAGGAGGAUGUGCCUAUGGGGUCUGGGAGGAGGCGAUGUGUGAUGCUGCUUCCUUGGGGACUGUUGCAGAUUUUGGGGCCGGGGGGCUGUGCACGCUUGGUCCCCAAGUGAGCGUGUUCCAAGCACCGUGCACCCAUGUCUGUGGAGCAGCAGAGCAGCUGUUGCUGCAGGACCCUUGGAAAUGUCGGCUGAGUCACACAGCGCGGAUGUAGGGAGAGGGCAGCCCGUAGCUUAUGAUUCAUAUUGUUUUCCUGCAAAAGCCAUCGACUGUAAUGGCAGGGCUUGCAGCAGAUGAAUCAAUACGGAGCUGUAAAUCCUGCAUGUGGCUGCAGGCUGGGGCUGGAGCUGCUCAGCUGGGACAUGUCCUCCCCAUAGGGGUCAGCUCCUUCCUGCCUUGCCCCGAUGGAAGGGAGCACCACAGCUUGCGUCUCCCAUGCUCUGCACCUGCUGCCUUUGCUUCUGCAGGGCUGGGGAGCAUGACAGCUUCGGGUACUUUUGAAGGGUGGCAAAGUUUGUCUGGAGAGGUAAUAUCUUUUAUUAGCCCAGCUAAUACCUUUAGGAAAAAACAGAUGUGCUCUGGGGCCUGAGGAGUGUCCUGGUUGUGCCAGGCUUUCCAACUGCAUGCAUUGAUCUAAGAAAAGAUGCGACCUCUGCCUGGCCUGGCCCUGACCUUGGAGACUGCAUCCCCAAGCACUGGCCAUCAGGAGCCAACACCAGGGCAUGCCAGCACCCACAGCGGGCAUUGGGCACUGCACUCCUCAUCCCACACACACUGUGAGCACCCAGGGGCUGCCCUCAGCCGAAGCAGGAUGGAUGGGAGCAGAAGGAGCAAUUCCAGAGCCCUUCAAGGAGGGAGCAGCUCGCACAGUGCCACAGCCAUUGCUUCCAGUCCUGGGCACCGGGGGCUUCACCACAGCCCUGUGUGGUUCCCAGGGAUGCUUGCAGUUAGUUUGCACUGCAGUUUUAUGGACGCUCAUUUGCAAAAGUGACAUUUUGGGGCCAGAUCAGUGUAUGGCAGGGAGGCCUGCUGUCCUCUGAACAGCUGGUGGUUCUUCUGCAACUGGUUGAGGCUGGUCUCCUGCAGAUGUCAAAUUCCUCGUCAUGGGAAGCUGUCAAGAAAAGGAAGCAGCUGCUCUGUACCGGGGGGCUGCCUGGGCAGCAGCAGCAGAGUGGGGACGUUGCUUGUUUUUGGGGGGAUGCUGCACGAUCCACGUUCUGCAGCUGAGCACAGCCCUCCCUCCCCCUCCGUUUGCAACAGGACCAGCAAAAAUCUGGUUGAGCGAAGUGUUGCAAGUAGCAAAAGGUGGCGCCGGGGCCUUCUCAAAAGGGUGUGUGUUUGGGUUGGUGUCCCCAUGCAGUGGGCAGGUGACACUGCAACCUGUGGCUCCUUCCCUACCCCUGUGUAUUAAACUUCAUACCAGGUUCGCUUCCUUCGGUCCUUUUUCUUUCUGACGAUGCUUGAACUUCAGACCUUGCUUACCCAGAAUGGCUCUGGGACGCUUGGAGAGCCACAAGAAUUGUCAUGGCACAUUUCAAAGCGGUAAAAUCUGAUCCAUUGAGGGGAUUGUUUCUCGCCUCUGUGAGCCCACUUAAAAUUCACGGCGGGUUUUGUCAGUAAGAACCUGUUUCAAUUAACAGACAAAAGAAACUCUCCUCGUUAAGCGUCUCUUUCAAUUAAGGUUCGGGAGAAUUCCCCAAGCUCCGCUUCCCAGUUCCUCAUGAAUGAGGGUGUUCCUGAGGCUUCAAGGGCAAAAAGCACCGCACCAAAACUCGCCUUUCCCUUCCCUUUCUGAGAAGAGAACCAUUUUCACGACUGGUUUUGUAGGAAACCCGAGCAAAACGCUACUUUCAUCUAUUCCAGUAAAAGCCAGGCGUUAACGGGGCUGUCUGGGUGAGAAAAUGUCUCUUUCACAGCCAGAUGCUGUGGCCAAAAAUAACUUCUUUAUGGGAAGAACUUUGACCAUUUCUACUGGGUGCAUCAUUCGUCUAGCAGCUUGAGCAGGAGGGAGGGCUUGCUUUGGCGACAGCGGUUCACCCCCAUGGUCCUGCUGCCCAGACCCCGCGUGGAUCUGAGAUGCAUUUCCCAAUGCUUUCUUCUUUGCUGCUGCUCGGUCUAUCAAACACCAAGCGCAUCCCUGGCACCCCAAGCUUGGGGCUGCACGUCGGUGCGCUCAUCCUUCUUUAUUUCAUAUCAUUGUGGCUCUGGGAUGGGGAAAACCAUGCUGCUGUCCUUAGGAUAGCUGGGCUGGGGCCGUGGCCCUGCCGGUAAGCACUUUGUUUUUAUCCCUGGCGUGUUGUAACUACUGUUUGCUAAGCACUUAAGAAGCCCAUGUAAUCUAUGGCUAAGGCAUUCCUUAUCCAGCAUUAUAAACUGCUCUGAUAGCGAGCGGCCCUGCAGGUCGCCUUAGGAAGAGCCAGGGCCAGGUUGGCCAAAAUGGGACUGUUUGUACCAAAAGUGGCACGGGGCUGCUGGAGCGGCUUCCCAAAGCCAGCAUCCCACCCGGCUGGGGGAGAGCCUUCAGGAGUCAGUGGCUGAUAAAGCAGUGGUGCAGAAGUGGAUGUUUAAAGGGAGAUUUCUCACGCUGGUUACUUCUUCAUUUCUAAUGUGCUCUCUCCUGUCUUAAGCUCGCGGUUGUGUCUUGAAUAAUAUGAUGGCAUUAAUCUCCUCUCUAAGGAUGUGCUUAGUUCAAUGGUUUAAGAUCUAAAUAUUACCAAAAGAGCGAGGGGAAAUUCCCUGUAGAGGGAAUUUAAACCUAUUAAUAAUCAUUUAGGCUGGCUUUGUGCAUCUUCUGCAGGUAGCCCGUGAUUCCCAGGGCUGCAGGGGCAGCAUCCGCUCAGGAUGCUGGCAAGGCUGCGUGAGAUGCAGGAGUGAUGGGGCACGGCCAGGAUGGCGUUGCGAUCCCACUGGGGAUGGAUAUUCCAGGGUGGCCAAAGCAUAGCAUCUGCCUUGCUCGUCUGAGAGCUCAGAAGGGUUGGCCAAAGCGUGGAUGUGCGAAGGGAAGUGAUGGAGCAAGCAGAAGUGAUUGCGAAUUGCUGAACUAAGCAAUGCAGUCUUAUGCCUUUCCUCUAAAUCCUUUUUCCAUCCGGGCUUAACCCUGCCGGCUUGCUUACGCAUGGCAGCUCUCUGCCAAGUAGGGCUGUGGCUCUGGGGGGCACAUCCCCAUCUCAGGUUCUCCCCAUUGAGGGUAGACAUAGCCCUGCUGGUAAGCACUUAUACAGCGCCCCAUAACUUCAGCAGCCCUGCUGCUCAGGGAUGUGCCCUGCAGGUCUCUGAGCUUUCCGGGACAGUGGGUGAUUGCAGCAUCCAGCUCCCCUUGGCCACGUCACAUCAAUGAUUUGAGCUCGCAUCCUGUGCUGGGAUAGAUGAUUUAUUUGGCUUGUGAACCACCUUGGUCUUUGCUGCUUGCACCUGUGGCUGGACCUGUUGUACUGCUGAUAAAUCAACACUGCUGUGCGUGUCUGCUGGGACCACUCAGCCUUUCUCUUUCCUCCGGAUCUAUUUGCACUUCCUUGCUUAUAUUUAAUCCUCCCAUUGCAUCCCUGCAAAUCCCACUGGAGGUGAAAGAGAGAGCACUGUGUGCUGGUGAUGGAGGUGGUUUCAUCCCCCCAUCCCUCUCUGGUUUUCCAGCUGGGAAGUACCAGCAUCUCCAUCCCUGGUGAUGGGAUCUCCAUCCCAGUACCAGCUGGUGACGGGAAGCUUCCCUUCCCUCUGCCCCAUUUUCUGGCAAUAUUUCUUCCUUUUUCUAUCUGGGAGAGAAGAAUAAACAAAUCUCAGGUGGCCAAUGAGCCCAGGCAGGGCUGUCCCACCUCCCUGCCCACCAGGAACAGCUGUGGCAGGCAGGGAUGCACCAGGGAGCAUGUGCUGCUGUGGGGAGGCGGCAGCAGGGGAUGCGCUGCAGGAGAGCAAAGCUUCGAGGUGCUUGUCCUGCACUGCAUGGCCGUGGCUCAGGCGGGUGUGUGGCCGUGCUGGAGAAGCUGCUGUGAUGCUGAUGCUGUUUGUCAGCCUCCCGGAUUACAACCGCUGGCCCUAAGCCGGCCGGCAGCCCGCGGCAGGGUGCUCCUCGUGGGGAGCUUUGUGUCUUCCGCCCCACGCCCUCACCCUUCCUUUUUCAUAGACCCUUUGAAUGCCUUGCUGCGUUAUCACUGUGGGAGCAGAGCUCGGCUGCGCUGCAGAAGCUGUGCUUUGAGGCCGGGAAGGUGAGAGGUUUCCUGCACACAGCGAGCAGAGGGCUGCACGUGCUGCUGCUGGAGCAAAGCAUCCUGGAGAGCCGCCAUGCCUGCAUGUCUGCCCAGACCCACACCGAGGCCUCCCGCUGCCCCCUCGCCCCACUGAGGCCAUGGGAUUUCGGCUGGGGACGGGGACUCUCAGCACGUUUGCCAUGGUGACAUGAAGCGGACAGCGAGGGACGCUGGACUGCUGGAGGGGAGAAACCCUGUGUGCGCACAGGCACCCUGCUAGUAUUUUAAUUUAUUAUCAGUAGCAUUAUUCCAGUUUAUUUUCCCCUUUUUUGUUUUUUGUGGUGGUGUUUGUUUCUUCCCCUCCCCUGGGGCUCGAGAGGGCAGGGGAGGGGACCCCAACUUGCCUGUGGAUGCAAGGAUGACUGUGCUGGCAAGGGCCCGGAGGGGUAUCCGACAGGUAUCUCCCCAGCUCGUGCUGCUCCUGCUCUUUGUAUUCUGCCUACUCAGUGUUUUUGUCUCGGCAUAUUAUUUAUAUGGAUGGAAAAGAGGCUUGGAGCCCUCUGGGGAUGUGCCAGGGCCGGACUGCGAUGAACCCAAGGUUGCCCCUUCCCGCUUGCUCCCACUGAAGGCCCUCAAAGUGGCCGAUUCCUCACGCACAGACCCAUUGGUGCUGGUGUUUGUGGAGAGCCUCUACUCCCAGCUGGGCCAGGAGAUUGUGGCCAUUCUGGAGUCCAGCCGCUUCAAGUACAGGACAGAGAUCGCCCCAGGAAAGGGGGACAUGCCCACAUUGACUGACAAAGACCGGGGACGCUUUGCACUCAUCAUUUAUGAGAACAUCCUCAAGUACGUCAACCUGGACGCCUGGAAUCGGGAGCUGCUGGACAAGUACUGCGUGGAGUACGGUGUGGGCAUCAUUGGCUUCUUCAAGGCCAAUGAAAACAGCCUGCUGAGUGCACAGCUGAAGGGCUUCCCCCUCUUCCUCCACUCCAACCUGGCGCUGAAGGACUGCAGCAUCAACCCCAAGUCGCCCCUCCUGUACAUCACCCGGCCCAGUGAGGUGGAGAAGGGUGUGCUCCCCGGUGAGGACUGGACCGUUUUCCAGUCCAACCACUCCACCUAUGAGCCCGUCCUGCUGGCCAAGACCAAGUCAGCCGAGUCAAUCCCACAUAUGAGCGUGGAUGCGGCGCUGCACACCACAGUGAUGCAGGAUCUGGGCCUCCAUGAUGGCAUCCAGAGGGUGCUUUUUGGCAACAACCUCAACUUCUGGCUGCACAAGUUGGUCUUCGUGGAUGCUGUCUCCUUCCUGACAGGGAAGAGGCUCUCCCUGCCCCUCGAUCGUUACAUCCUGGUGGACAUUGAUGAUAUAUUUGUGGGCAAGGAGGGCACUCGCAUGAAGGUGGAAGAUGUCAAGGCGCUAUUUGACACGCAGAACGAGCUGCGCACCCACAUCCCAAAUUUCACUUUCAACCUGGGAUACUCAGGGAAAUUCUUCCACACAGGUACUGAUGCCGAGGAUGAAGGUGACGAUCUGCUGCUGUCUUACGUGAGGGAGUUCUGGUGGUUCCCACACAUGUGGAGCCACAUGCAGCCUCACCUCUUCCACAACCAGUCAGUUCUUGCCGAGCAGAUGACCUUAAACAAGAAAUUCGCUGUCGAGCAUGGCAUCCCCACUGACAUGGGGUAUGCAGUGGCCCCCCACCACUCGGGUGUCUACCCUGUCCACGUGCAGUUGUAUGAAGCUUGGAAGCAGGUUUGGUCAAUCAAAGUCACAAGCACAGAAGAAUACCCUCACCUGAAACCUGCUCGCUAUCGCCGCGGCUUCAUCCACAAUGGUAUCAUGGUCCUCCCCCGACAAACCUGUGGCCUCUUCACACACACCAUCUUCUACAACGAAUACCCUGGUGGCUCCAGUGAGCUGGACAAGAUCAUCAAUGGAGGCGAACUGUUCCUGACAGUGCUCCUUAACCCCAUCAGCAUCUUCAUGACCCAUUUGUCCAAUUAUGGCAAUGACCGCCUGGGUUUGUACACCUUCAAACACCUGGUCCGCUUCCUCAACUCCUGGACCAACCUGAAGCUGCAAACGUUGCCGCCUGUGCAGCUGGCACAGAAAUACUUCCAGAUCUUCUCCGAGGAGAAGGACCCCCUGUGGCAGGAUCCCUGUGAAGACAAGCGUCACAAAGACAUUUGGUCCAAAGAAAAGACCUGUGACCGAUUCCCAAAGCUCCUCAUCAUUGGGCCUCAAAAAACAGGAACAACUGCCCUUUAUCUCUUCUUGGGGAUGCACCCAGACCUGAGCAGCAACUACCCCAGCUCAGAGACCUUCGAGGAGAUACAGUUCUUCAAUGGACACAACUAUCACAAGGGCAUAGACUGGUACAUGGAGUUCUUCCCCAUCCCCUCCAACACCACCUCUGACUUCUAUUUUGAAAAGAGUGCCAACUACUUUGACUCAGAAGUGGCUCCCCGACGAGCUGCAGCCCUGCUCUCUAAGGCCAAAGUCAUCACAAUCCUCAUCAACCCUGCAGAUCGAGCCUACUCCUGGUAUCAGCAUCAGCGAGCCCACGAUGACCCAGUUGCCCUGAAAUACACCUUCCAUGAGGUGAUCACAGCUGGACCUGAGGCUGCUGCGAAGCUGCGGACCCUGCAGAACCGCUGCCUGGUGCCAGGCUGGUAUGCCACCCACAUCGAGCGCUGGCUGAACAGCUACCAUGCCAACCAGAUUCUCGUCCUGGAUGGCAAGCUGCUCCGAACAGAACCUGCCAAAGUGAUGGAAACAGUCCAGAAAUUCCUAGGUGUGACCAACUUCAUCGAUUACCACAAAACCCUGGCGUUUGACCCAAAGAAAGGAUUCUGGUGUCAGCUUUUAGAAGGAGGCAAAACCAAAUGCCUGGGGAAGAGCAAAGGGAGGAAGUACCCUGAGAUGGAUUCAGAUUCACGAGCCUUCCUGCGGGACUAUUACAGGGACCAUAACAUCGAACUCUCCAAGCUCCUGUACAAAAUGGGGCAGACGCUGCCCACCUGGCUGCGGGAGGAGCUGCAGAGCACCAGACCUUAAGUCCCCUGGGCUGCGAGCAGCGUUGGAGCCAUUCUGCACUUCCUCAGCAGGUGAUGGAGGAGCAGCUUUGGGUGCGCUGGAGGUGACUUGUACACAGCUGUACAGAGCUGUACAGAAGAAAGGAGCUGGUGGAGAGCCAGUGCACCAAGUGACCCAGAGCUCGUCCUGCCACCCAGCCCAGCAGCAGGAAGUGAGAGUUUGCUGGAUUCCCCAAAACCCGGCUCUAAAAACACCCGAAAAGAGAAACGAAAAGAAAGAGGUGUCUUUUUGGUUCAAAGACAAGGAUGCUAUUUCUUUGCUCAUCUUCAUUCGUUUUCAAUCUGAACCUCUUCCCGGUCCGUGGCGAUGCGGUGGGACCGCUGUCAAGUAGGAGAAGGGGACGGGGUGCUCCCAGACCCUCACCUGCUCUGCAAUGUUUUACAAUUGUGGUGUUUCCUGUGGUAAAGCCCAGAGGUGCCUGGAGACCCCCGACACGCACCCAACACAGCUCACAGGAGCGUGGGCCCUCGGGGGACGAGGCAGACUUUGGGCUAAUGGCAGUUGGAAGGACGCUGAGAACUUCAAACCUCUUGAAUAUUAAAAGCUAAAGUAUUUUAAUAAUGUCGGGGUGUGGGGGAGGGUUGGUUUCGUUCUGAUUUUGCAGGGGGGUUGUUUGGUUUUAUUUUCUGAUUCAGUGCCAGAAUUUGUACCUAAACCCUGAGGGUUUUAUGUGGUCUGUUUGGCUGUUGGACAAAGGUCAGUGGGGAAAUAAUGGGAGUUUUCCCCACCAGAGAUGUGUCUUUAUACUUGUCAUGGUGAUGUGCAGGAGCUGCCUCUGCUCACGUGGGCUUUGCAAGUGCUCUCCCAUCCCUGGCUCUGGCUGCCCUGGCAAUGAGUGCACGAGUGUGUGUGUGUGUGUGUGUGUGUGUGUGUGAGCAUCCACGUAUGUAGCAGUGCCAACACUGAGCUGUAAUGGUUUUAUGUGGGUAAGGGCCCAGAUUUCCUUGUGGAUGGAGCUGUUGGUGUGCAUGCUGGAGGCUGGGGAAGGGCAGAGCCCUGGUGGUACGUAGGGAUAGGUGGGGGCACUUUGUGAAGGGCACCCCGUUACCAUUUGUGCCCCCAAGGCAUUCGCAGCACCGCUGGGGAGCAGGCAAAGGUGGCUUGAUGGUACCGUGUGGGCAGGUGGGGUGAGGACAAAUGCUUUCUCCAACCCGGGGGACGUUUGCUCCCUUUGUGUUUUAUGCUUGGAGGAGGGGAGCUGGGGUCCCCCUGGCUGUCCUCCUGCAGUGCUCUGGCAGCGUCUGGACAUGGAGCAAUGCCAGGGCAGUGCCAGGGGAGAGUGGCAGCCAUGAGGGACUCUGCCCCACCAUUCCUUCAGGUUCUGGAUGGCGGUGGUGCUUCCCAGCCUUUGGGUUUUGCAUGAACCUUUGUAGCCGUGCCCAGGGCCGCAGGGUGGGGGCUGCCCUUCCCCUCUGCCCCCCUUGGCUCCGUCCGAGCCCAUUCAUGAGGCUGCGUUCAGAGCGUGUCCCGGUCACUAAUGUAAGGUCCUGUUGAACUAACUGCUAAUAAAAUGGGGUUCGCUGGUUUUAA